AUGCCUACUGUGAAAGGAGUCAGAUGGUUUGCCACCCACUCCAUGUGCCGUCUGUUCACUCAUAUAUGCAUACUCUUUGGUUACCUCUGUGGUGGUGCCGGUAUCUUCAUCCUCCUGGAGGGUUCUGCGGAGAGGGACAUCGUUCAGAAUCUCAGGGACAGAAGAAGAGCCUUCCUGGAAAAAAACACGUGUGUAUCUGAUGACGAUCUAGAGAAGUUCAUUGAGGAGGUGGUACAUGCAGCUAACAGAGGAGUAUCUGCCGUGAAGAAUGUCUCCCAAUCCGAACCGAACUGGAGCUUUGGUCAAGCCCUGUUUUUUGCCAGUACUGUGGUCACUACAAUAGGCUAUGGAAGGGUGACGCCCCUGUCAGACGCUGGCAAAGCUUUCUGUAUAGUCUUCGCUAUCAUGGGAAUUCCCCUAACCCUGAUACUAUUCACAGCCGCAGUGGAAAGAUUGAUGAUUCCAACACGACAGCUUCUGUACUGGCUUUACGACAAGCUGGGUCAUCUAUACAAGGUCAUUCACAUCCAGGUGCUGCACUUGGUCAUCAUACUGUGUGUGCACGUCAUUUUCUUCAUGAUCAUUCCAGCCGCCAUUUAUACUGUGCUAGAGCCAAACUGGAACUUCCUGGACGCCUUCUAUUACUGCUUCAUCUCACUGUCCACUAUUGGUCUAGGAGAUUAUAUUCCAGGUGACUCCGCUGAUCAACCACACAGGGCUCUGUAUAAAGUGGCUACUACAUGCUACCUUCUGAUUGGCAUAACCAUGCUUCUGCUGGUCGUCACGGUCUUCUAUGACAUCCCCGAGCUCAACCUGGGCUACCAUUUCUACUUAAAGAGUGACGAGAUUCGUCCGAGAACUGACGAGGUUGAUGAGCAAACUAGACUAAAGCCCACAGAGUCUGGUAACAGUCACAAGUACACUAAACAAGUUGACGACAUCCAAAGCAUUCGGUCUGGCCAAUACCAGAGCUAUCAGCAGGAUGUGAUAACACCAGUCACCGAAGAGGAACCGUGA